AUGGGAGAUAACAAGGUCUUCGCGGUUACAGUCUUCUUCAUAUGCUUCAGAGAAUGUCUGGAGACGACAGUGGUCGUGUCAGUCCUCCUCGCCUUUCUGAAGCAAUCACUCUAUGAUUCUGAUCGUCCGACCUACAUACGAUUAGUGAAACAGGUCUGGCUAGGGUGUGGACUGGGUCUCUUUCUAUGCCUCGCUGUCGGAGCGGGAAUGAUUGGUGGCUUCUAUGGCCUCGGGGUAGACACCUUCUCCGCCACUGAGGAUAUUUGGGAAGGUGUGCUGGGAAUCAUUGCUUCUAUCGUGAUUACGGUUAUGGGAGCUGCCCUGUUGCGAGUCUCCAAGCUGCAAGAUAAAUGGCGUGUCAAGCUGGCCAAGGCACUUGAUCACAAGAAAGACCCGAAUGAGACAAACAAGGGCCGAGUCAAGCGAUGGCUUGAGAAAUACGCCAUGUUCCUUUUGCCAUUCAUCACCGUCUUACGAGAGGGUCUCGAGGCCGUUGUGUACGUCGGUGGUGUCGGGCUUGGACUUCCGGCUUCCUCCUUCCCAUUGGCUGUUUUCACUGGUAUCUUGGCUGGAAUUGCUGUUGGUUAUAUCAUUUAUCGUGGUGGACGUGAGACCUCGAUGCAGAUCUUCUUGAUAAUCUCGACUUGCUUCCUUUACCUCGUUGCGGCCGGCCUUUUCUCACGCGGUGUCUGGUACUUUGAGAACAAUACCUGGAACAAGGUGAUAGGAGGUGAUGCAUCUGAGACAGGGUCUGGUGCAGGAUCCUAUGAUAUCCGCCAGAGUGUCUGGCAUGUUAAUUGCUGCAACCCAGAGUUAGGAGGCGGUGGUGGUUGGGGUAUCUUCAACGCACUUCUUGGCUGGACAAACUCGGCUACUUAUGGCUCCGUGAUCGCUUAUAACCUUUUCUGGGUCUGUGUGAUGGUUGGAUACUCUAUGAUGCUCUACCGUGAGAAGCGAGGGGCUAUACCUGUUAUCGAUCCGGCUUUGCAAAGUAUCGAAAGAUUUAAGGGAAGGUUGAAAGCGUUUAUCUUACGUCGUCCCUACCAAUCCGAUGUUUCGGAUGAGACGGUGAACGUUGUGGAAGCUCAACCCAAGCACAGCUCUGGGCUUCUAUGA